AUGGCCGCCGCGGCGGCGACAGAAGACGAGCCAUACUACCAGGGAGACGUCGAUGAACCUGAGAUACCGCCCAACUUCCCUACACAUAAAGAAGCAAGGCGGUCAGCCAAACUAGCUGCCCUACACGCUCGACUCUCAUUGCCGGCCAGACUCCCCUUACAGACACUGGCGAGAUGUCUGAUCGAUCCAUCCGUAGACCCCAGACCAGGCUACAACAAUGCGCCAUUUGCAAUCCUGGGACAAGAGCUGUUGGGAUAUCAUACCACAGAAUACCUUAUAUGUAAAUAUCCUCGUCUGCCAAUGCCGGUCUUGUACGCCGCGCAGUACGCAUACGUGGGGCCUGCGACAUUGGGUGCGAUGCGAUUAGAAUGGGGAGUGGAAGCGGUAGCUGCGCCUGGCCCUGAAGUAGACGCUGGCUUGCUGCAGCUGAAGAGAAUGCCGGCAGGAAACGCAAUGGCGCCAGAUGGACAGAGAAGAUUGAAGGAUGUGCCGUCAGCGAGCAAGAGGAAGAGUCUAGCAUGGGAUUUCGCGCGCGGAAUGAGCAGUCGGAUUGUCUACGCAGACCAGUUUGGAGACUUCACCGCCGAAGUGGCACCUUACCCUGGUGCGCCGAUCUCUCGGUCGGCAUCAACGAGCUCGGAGGCUGAAAACGGAGAGGACCCGAAGGAGGUAGCUGCCGACGCAGCCAUUGAUGAGCCUUUCACACUCACGAGCCCUCCAGUGCGCUCAAUGCACACAGAACCCACCACAGUCGAAGCAGCGAGUGCUGGGUUCGUCAGAGCAUUGGCUGGCGCCGUAUACCUACACGCAGGCUCUCAGGCUGCCAAGGACUUCCACAAGGCGCACGUCAUGAGUCGGACACUGCAACUCCACACCAUGUUCAACUUUACACACCCGACACGAGAUCUUUCGCGUUUAUGUGCUCGAGAAGGGUUCGAACCUCCCGUUGCGAGACUCAUCAGCGAGACUGGACGAUUGUCUCGCAGCCCCGUUUUCAUCGUCGGUGUUUUCAGCGGCAAUGACAAGCUCGGCGAAGGCGCCGGCAGCUCUCUGAAUGAGGGCAGGGUGCGUGCUGCGUCGGCGGCCCUGCGAGCAUGGUACCUCUACAGCCCGCCAGACAACGAGAUCGUCUACCCGUCGGAAGUGGAGGGAUCGAGUGGAAGCACGAAGAAAUGGAAGCCUCAGAUGAUUGACAUUGGCGAGGUCAUCACCUAG